AGACGUUACUUUUAAUUUCUAUCCUUUAUUAAAUUACUUUAAUGUAAAACUAUUUAGUGAAAAUGUUUGAAACAGAUCAGUUUAAUGGCCUAAUUCUUGAGAAUACAGAUAAGAACCAUUUAUCACUUUUAAAUAAAUCUUCUUUACAACAAUAUCAAAUUAGUCUUCAAAGUGGAUUGAAAACAUCAAGCUUGCUUGAAGAUGUUUGGAAAGCAAAUCAUGAAUUAUUGAAUGAGGAUGCAAUGGACAUACUAUGUAAUUCCAUCAGUGUUCUUACAAAGAAUACAAACAGUGUAAAGGCAUGGACUAAUCCAUUAGAUGACAUUCCAGAUCCUCUGUCUAUAUUUGAGCAAAGUCUACCAGCAUGUACUCAUUGCAGUCGCUAUUCAAAACCUGCAGGUUUACCACAAUUCACCAAGCAUACAUGUACAUGUAACUUAGGUCAAAAGGAACCAUUGAAUAACAUUAAAAAAGGAACAAAUGAGAAUAGAGGAAAAUCUCUUUUCAUAAAAACCAUGGAUUCCAAUAACGAGAAUAGAAAUAUUAUGACUGGGGUUUCUGAUGAUAACAAACAAAAACAAACUUAUAAACCCAUAUUUGGUAGAGGCCGUUCUAUACUUAAAAAUACAGCACAAUCAUCUACUAAUAAUAAAGACCCUAUAGUUGAGGAUAUUAAUAAGGAUGAAGAUGAAUACAGGGCUCAUAAGAGUAAUGUAGCUAAAAUUACAUUCAAAACAGCAAGGGAACAGCUGCUGGCCUCAAAUCCAGCUGCUAAGAGGACCCUGGGAGCCUCCAGGAAAGCUCAAGCUAAGUUUGUCUCACCAAUGAUUGGAGCACAGGAUAAACAAGAAACACAAGAUCCAGAGUUUACAGAUGAAAGACUCAAGCACAUAGAUCCCAAAAUGAUUGAAUUGAUUGAGAGUGAAAUUAUUGACAAAGGAACUCCUAUAGGAUGGGAAGACAUAGCUGGUCUUCAGAUGGCGAAGUCAGUGAUCCAGGAAGCGGUGGUGUGGCCGUUAUUACGACCGGAUAUAUUCACUGGACUGCGCCGACCGCCCAAGGGAAUACUGUUGUUUGGUCCUCCUGGUACUGGGAAAACAUUAAUUGGUAAAUGUGUAGCGGCGCAAUGCAAUGCUACUUUCUUCAGUAUAUCAGCAUCAUCGCUCACCUCUAAGUGGAUCGGUGAUGGUGAAAAGAUGGUGCGCGCUCUGUUUGCAGUGGCCAGGUGUCACCAACCCGCGGUAAUAUUUAUAGACGAAAUAGACUCGUUACUAACACAACGCAGUGAUACCGAACACGAAGCGACGCGAAGGAUCAAGACAGAAUUCCUGGUGCAAUUUGAUGGUGCAGCUACUGGAGACGAAGACCGCUUGUUAAUAGUGGGUGCCACGAACCGGCCCCAAGAACUGGACGAAGCGGCGCGUCGCCGUCUUGUCAAACGACUUUACAUUCCCCUGCCUGAUGUCGACGCACGCGAACAAAUUAUAAGGAAUUUACUUAAAAAUGAAAACAACGACUUAACGCCACAACAUAUGUCCGAGAUAGCACGUCUUACGGAUGGCUACUCAGGAGCUGACAUGAAGUCGUUGUGCUCCGAAGCUGCAAUGGGGCCAAUACGAUCGGUGCCGCUGUCGCAGAUUGUCAGCAUAGAUAGAGAGAGUGUCCGUCCAGUGUGUGUGCAAGAUUUUCUAAACGCUCUUCAAAGAGUGAGACCAAGCGUAUCGCAGGAUGAUUUAGGGCAAUAUGUAAAGUGGAAUAAUACCUACGGCCAAGGGUCCUAAUAAAUUAUAAAAUACUGAAUGUUUUUUAAUUACACAACUUUUUGUUA